GCUGCUGGUUAGCGCUUCAAGGUGCGGCAGAGGAAAACAGAGACACCAUCGCUAGCUAACAGCUAGUUCGGUUGACGUUUAUUUUUGUUACGCCCCGGGUUCUCAACAAAAGCCGAGACCGGGUUUGAUUUUUUUUAUAGAAACUGCGAUGUAAACGUAUCUUUUUAAAUUUCCCAAUUCACCACCGGGCGUAUACACCGAAACGGGGUCUGAGUAACAUUUUUUUUUAAGCCGAGUCGGAACAUUAACGGAGCUAGGCUAAUAGACUGCAGCUAAUGCUAAGGUAGCUAGCGGGCUAGUUUUCGCAAGUGUGCUAACGCCGAAGAUCCGACUGACACGACGCUUUUCUAGACGCAGAAAAUGGCUGAUAUCGACAAGCUCAACAUAGACAGCAUUAUUCAGCGUCUUUUAGAAGUCCGAGGAGCGAAGCCCGGCAAGAAUGUGCAGCUGCAGGAGAACGAGAUCCGCGGCUUAUGCCUGAAGUCCAGGGAGAUCUUUCUCAGUCAACCCAUUCUGUUGGAGCUGGAGGCCCCCCUCAAAAUCUGUGGCGACAUCCACGGGCAAUACUAUGAUCUCCUGAGGCUGUUUGAGUACGGGGGCUUCCCCCCGGAGAGCAACUACCUGUUCCUGGGCGACUACGUUGACAGGGGGAAGCAGUCUCUCGAAACCAUCUGCCUUCUUCUGGCCUACAAAAUCAAAUACCCGGAGAACUUUUUCCUGCUGAGGGGGAACCACGAAUGUGCUUCAAUCAACAGAAUAUAUGGUUUCUACGAUGAGUGUAAACGAAGGUACAACAUCAAGCUCUGGAAGACCUUCACAGAUUGUUUUAACUGCCUCCCUAUUGCUGCAAUCGUUGAUGAGAAGAUCUUUUGCUGCCAUGGAGGCCUGUCACCUGACCUUCAGUCCAUGGAGCAGAUCAGGCGCAUCAUGCGUCCCACUGACGUGCCUGACCAGGGCCUGCUGUGCGACUUGCUCUGGUCUGACCCGGACAAAGACGUUUUGGGCUGGGGGGAGAAUGACAGGGGCGUCUCGUUUACCUUCGGCUCAGAAGUGGUGGCCAAGUUCCUGCACAAGCACGACCUGGAUCUGAUCUGCCGUGCCCACCAGGUUGUCGAGGAUGGCUACGAGUUUUUUGCAAAGCGGCAGCUCGUCACGUUGUUCUCAGCACCAAAUUAUUGUGGAGAGUUUGACAACGCUGGUGCCAUGAUGAGCGUUGAUGAGACUCUCAUGUGCUCGUUUCAGAUUUUAAAACCAGCUGAGAAGAAGAAGCCCAACGGCAGUCGUCCAGUGACUCCCCCCCGCAACAUGGUCACCAAGCAAGCCAAGAAAUGAGGGGCCGGGCUGGGGGACCAAAAUGGCCAGAAAUGCACUCUUCUUGUCUGCUUUCAUCUUCCGCAUUCUAAGGAUUGGUUAUUUUUCACGCUGCCAAUACUGAAAAGAUAUCCACUCCUACUUGAUGAAAGCAAAAUGUUUUAUUGUUUGACUGUCCACAGGGGUAAAUUGAUAUGUCACCUUGGAAAACCUCAGGUGUUUUGCACUCCAUUUUGCAGCUAGUCUUUGCCACAUAUGACUGUUCAAUCAGGAAAAAUGUAAUAAUACGGCUACUUAUGCACAGGAAUGCCUUGUUUGAAGCUGUGCACAAUUUUUUCAAGUUUUAUUUCAUGUCCUUCAUUAGUCAUUUCAUUCAGCUGCAAUUGUUAACAAUGGCUAUAAAAGUUGGAGGAAAAGUCACGGACACAAGUUAACUUCUGUAAACUUCCUUUACUGUUAAUUUACUCCCGAUUUCAUAGAGGAUUGACUACACCGCGUCACAUUUUUAAAUAAGUCUUGUGCUAAAUUAAAAAGGAUAAACAAGCACUCUUGUAAUGUCUAAAUCUUUUUAAUAAACUUUUGUGCGUUUUAGGUUUGAAGUUGAUAACUGAAUGUCAUUUGUUUCUAAAGCUUUUAUUCCUCCUAAACCUAAUAAACUGAAAACAAAAGCAAA